CAGUGAUCGAGUGGCCCAGGCAGUUACCCCAGGUUAAAGCCACAUCAUGAAGAUCGUUCUAGCCACCAUGUUGUGCUACUUGCUGCUGGGACUGGUUCUGUCCAAUGCCAGCAUAGCAACUGCCACAACAGGAGUGAUUCCGGCGGUUCCUUCCGCAAUUCCUGGAGUAGUUCCCGUGGCCACUAGUCAUCAGUUUGUCACCCGGAACUGGAAUCGGCCUUAUGUACCCUUAACCACGGUGGCCACGUAUCCGAACACCUACAUUAAGUCCAGCAGUGGCUAUCCCACUUAUCCCACAUAUCCCACCUACAAUUAUCCCGCCUACAAUUAUCCGUAUGCCACGACCUAUCAGUACGCCUAUCCCUACUACUAUCCCACAUAUAACUAUGGAUAUGGAUACAAGGGUGUCUGGUAAAUUUUGUAUCGACAUUAAGGGUUUUAUAUUCACACCCUACCUUUAACCUAUUGUGAUAUAAAUCAAUACCAAAUGAUAUUAUUUGUAUAUGCCUAAAAAAUAUAUAAAACAUUUAUAUCAAAUA